AUGUCCCUGGAGCCACUGAAAUUCCAGGCAGUGGGUGAAGAAGAUGAGGAGGAUGAAGAAGAAGAGAGCCUGGACUCUGUAAAGGCGCUGACAGCCAAGCUGCAGCUGCAGACACGGCGGCCCUCAUAUCUGGAGUGGACGGCCCAGGUCCAGAGCCAGGCCUGGCGCAGGGCCCAAGCCAGACCCGAGCCCGGGGGACCUGGGACCAUUUGCGGCUUCGACUCAAUGGACUCUGCCCUUGAGUGGCUCCGACGGGAGCUGCGGGAGAUGCAGGCACAGGACCGGCAGCUGGCAGGGCAGCUGCUUCGGCUGCGGGCCCAGCUGCACCGGCUGAAGGUGGACCAAGUCUGUCACCUACACCAAGAGCUGCUGAACGAGGCCGAGCUGGAGCUGGAGCUGGAGCCGGGAGCCGGCCUGGCCCUGGCACCGCCACUGCGGCACCUGGGCCUCACGCGCAUGAACAUCAGCACUCGGCGCUUCACCCUCUGCUGA